AUGCAAGAUCCGGAAACGGGCAAAAUUGUGUACAGUGCUUGCAACAGCAACUCCACGCCCAUUCUGCCCGUCGAUGGCCUCAACGCCUUCAGCCUCACCAACAAACCUCGAAUCGGCACGUCCAUCGCCGCCGCAGGAUGGUACGAUGUGGGCGAGCAUACGACAAUGGCCUCUGUCUUUUACCAGGCCGAAGAUGGCGCUCUGGUGAACGGUUACUUCGUUUGCGAUUUUCAAACGGGCCAUUAUAACACCUCAGGCGAGUACAUCAUCUCCAAAACGGCCGGCGUCGAGUCCAUACACAACGAGACGGGGCUUGCGGUCGAGCUGCUGAGCUCCAAGGACGGGUACCGCCUGUUCUUCCACGACGAGGCCAAGACCGUCAAUGUCAUGUCGUACACGACAACAAUUGGCGAGUGGCAACUCCAGGGGACGAUCUCGCAGGACCCGGUUGGCGGAAUGGCACUGGCGUCAACACACUCUGGCCAGAUGAACAUAUCGGUCGUCUUCCCCAAAGACGCGGAAAACCUCGAAGUCUCGAGACUUUUCAAAGACGAGACGUGGCGUCUAGCCACACUACCUCGCCCCCUGGUCGGCAACGGAGUAAAUGCCAGUACCAACGCGUCCGAUAUCAUCCUCGAUUCGUCUUUCAAGCCAAAUUACACCCUGCCCGCAUUCUCGAACAACUUGACUAGCCUAGGCGCAAUGGUUGACCAGUCAUAUGUGCGCAGCAUCUUUUACCUGGGAACCGAUGCCAAGCUGCACCAGGUGUCGAAUAUCAACUGGCAGUGGAAGUCGAUGCCGGACCAGAAUUCAGGGAUCUGGCCCGUGGCCGAUGUUGCCGGUGGACCCUUUGCGACAGCGAACAACGUUGAUACAAACGAGGCGUGGAUAUGGUAUCGAUCAAACGGCAGUUUCGUACAGUUAUACCAUGGGAGCAAUGGCUUUUGGGCGCCGGCAACGAGGGUGCCCAGCUCCAAUUCGACCAAGCCGCUCGAUGAAGGGCCUAACGAGACCGCGCCACUGACGACUUCAACGACCGCAACAGGGAAGCCGGUAGUGCUGUCAACCGGAGCCAAGACCGGGAUCGGCAUCGGCGUUUCGUUAGGCGUGAUCGCCCUCGCCGGCGUUGGGAUCUUAUUCCUCAGGAGAAGAAGACGACAGCAAGAGGCGGUAGCUGAGGCGGCCCGUCUCAAAGAGGCGGAAGCCAUGGCCCAGAUGGCUCCCUUCGGCAACCUGACGUGGGGCCCGGAGUCGCCAACGGAAAAGCACGGGACAGAGUUGGUUGAAGCGGACGCGGUGGACACGACAGCGCCACAAGAGCUGGCGAAUGCAGGCGAAAGGUACGAGCUUGUGGGUGAAGGGCACUGGAGGGAAAUGGACGCGACAGGGCAGAACGGGGCCAGGAGGAGUAUCGGGGGGUGGAGAGAGGCUCAGGCUCAGGAAACACAAGAGCUGCAAGGCGGGAAGAGAUGA